GGAGGCAAGCAGCCGGGGGCAGGGCGGAGGGGGGAGGGAGGCCCAGGAGGCGGCAAGAGCGGCCGGGAGCGCAGGAGCAGGGGGGGGGCGGGGGGCGGGCAGCGGCGGCGGCACAAGACCCCACAGAGGCGCGAGGGGGGGCAGGGCAGGGGAAGGGGCAGGCCAAGCGAGGACAGGAAGGCCAGGGGCAGGACACCAGGGACGGGGGGGGGGGGCACGGGGGGCAGGGGCCAGAGCAGGCGGGAAAAGGAAGGCCGCAGCGCCAGAGAGCGGGGCAGCAGACGGAAGCAGGGAGGGCGCGAAAAGCGCGGGGGACACAGCGGCAGGGACGCGGGGCGGGAGGAAACACAGGGGACCAACACCAGCAGCGGACAGGGCGCCCCAAACCAGCGCGGACGGGGGGAACGGCACACGGGAGGGCAAGCAACGGGGAGGGGGCGCCGCGCCAGCCGGGCGCCAGACGCGGGCGCCGGGACGGCCAAAGGAAAGACAAAACGGGCGGGCGGCGGAAAAGAGGACGGGGGACCACGGGGCAACGGGCCAGGGCGGCGGGGCCGGAGCCCAAGGCAGACGCCGCGGCCGGGGGCGGGAGGGCAGAAGGGGCGGGACCAGGGGAAGACGGCGAGGGGAGCCCAGGGCCCGGACACGGCGGGGAACAGGGACGGGGGAGACCGGGACGCCAGCGGCAGGCCACGGGCGGGGAAGCGCCCCCAAAGGCGGGAAGCGACGCGGCGGCACAAGGCGGGGAAGGCGGCGGGCAGCGCGCGGGGGGGGGCAGCGGGGCCGGCCACAGGGCCCCCGGCCAACAGACGGGGGGGGGAGGGGCGGGGAAACGGCACGCGGGGAACAGCGGGCGCGGGGAGAAAGGGCGGGGGGGGGCGGACCCGCCGGAGGGAGGGGGGCAAGGACGGGCCGCGGGACAGCAGGCAGAGCAGCAGGCGGCCCCAGACGGGGGAGGGAGGGGACGGAACCAAGCGGAGGGGGGGGCAAGGCGCAGGAAACCCGGGCAGGGGGGGCGAGGGAAGGAGACGAGGCAAGGGAGGCGGGGAACACCCGACGAGGAGACGGGGGCAGGAGAGGCGAAGAGGGAGAGAGAGGAGAGGGGAGGGGGCGGAAGCGGGAGGCCAGAAGCAGCAAGAGGAAAAGAAGAAAAGGCGG